AUGGAUUUGAAAGAGCAAGUAAAAGCUAGCGUUUUAAGGUAUCUACCAGAUUUAGAUGAUACAGAUGCCGAAAAAGUUGGUGCACACAUCGUUUCGAUGAAACUGCGCAAAAUAGAUCAGUUAAAGGACGUGAGAGUAGAAGAUCUAUCAGGAACAGGGCCGCUGUCUAUCUUUGACGCACGAGCCCUCGUGCGAGCGUGGCAGCAUGGAGAAACAGGUCAAAGUGAAAAUAACACUGAAUUUCAAGAUAGAACUGAGAACCAGAGAGCCCAACGUCCAGGCGUGCAAGCAUCGAGUCAGGAGGCUGGACCAAGCACAUCCACACGCAGAAGUUCCACUACCCAUCGAAAUCACAGAGAGUGGGAUUUUGAUAUUAAUUGGUCAGAUUUGUACAACAUAAGCCCACAACUGAAAGAUAGAUUAAAGAAAGGGAAGAAACUCACCCCACGAAUGAGAAGGGAAGUUAUAAAAAGAUUGGUCAGUCAAGUGAGAAACAAAGUGAAAGGUGUGAAAAGAGAUAUAUGUGUUCAAGUCAUGAUGGACAUGAAAGAAAAAUAUGCUGCAAGUUUUUCCAGUGAACUCGCAGGUGGCAAGAUUGGAAAAAAGACAAUGGUAUUUAAAAUGCAAUCACACUUUGAUGAUGUUCGGAGAGCAAAAAGAAAAACCCCAACAGAAAAUGAAGCACCUGCAAUUAAGCCAGCUUACGGCUGCAUGAAAUGGAGAUGUGCAAGUCCUCAGGGUGAAACUCAGGAGUCCCUAGAAGAAAAACAGGAGGCAUUAAAACAACACUUCGAAACUGUGAGACCUGCGGCAUGGGACUGGGACUUCAUUCACAAGACAAUGGAGAUCACAUAUGGGGAACAGAGGAAAGUACUAAACAAGCAAGCAGAAUCAUUAGAAACAGCGAAGAAGCAGUUGCUCGCUGCUAACAGAAAUAAGAAAGGGAAGAAAAAUAACCCACCAGCCCAAGAACAGAAUAAUGAAAAUAUAGUAGUCCUUACCACUGAGGAAAUCCGAAACAAGUGGCCUUUUCUGUUUCAUCCCUCAUGCAUGGACAAACACUUCAAAGUCCUGACUCAGAAAGAACUCUUGGCUAGUUUCACUGCAUACUUCACUCCACAAGAAGCAGGGAAGCCUUCACAGGGAGAAAAUGUAAUGAAGUUCCUGUUGAAAAAGGAGAAAUCAAAUACAGAAGAAUACAACACAUCUGCAAAAAAGUUAGCAAAAAUGAUGAGAAGGCAGAAAGAUGUCCUUCCUCCCCACAAUGCAGAGUUGGUAACUCUGUUACGACUCCUCGUCAGAAAGUUUCAAGAAGAUGAAGAGGCAUUGUUUAUUAAAAUUGAUGAGACUGCUACAGAGGAUGAUAUUCCUAAGCUAGAUGAAAUUCCAAAAACACCAAGGUUGUUCAUCGCAGGAUCAAAGAUUCUUAAAUACAGCAGAAUUUAUUUCACUGUGGAUGGUGACGUUGCUGGUACAGCUGACACUCUACUUGAAGGGAUUGCCCUUCUUUUUGGGGCCUACUUUGUGUUGAAUUUAAAUUAUGAUGCAAACGCACAAAUCACCCUUGAAUUCAUACAAAGAUGCAUAGUUCUAAUGAAUCCCAUCAGAGGAAAUAAAAGGCCUCCAAAAGAAGCUGGUGGACAAUUCAACCCCAGAUCAAUCCAUCCAGCUCUCAAAAAAUUUGAUACCAAAUUUGAAGAUUUUCUGGUAGAAGAAUAUGGCACCCACUCAUCUGCAACCAGUAGUGAAGAAAUGUUAUGA